AUGGUUUGCAACUACGUCUGCGUGAAUCUCGCAUUCGUUGUCUUCUCGGCAGCUUUGAUUUCUCGCUGUUUCGGAUUUACGGAUCCCGCUGAUGUCACAGCUCUCCAGGAUCUAUACAGGGCCUUAAACAACCCUCUAGCGCUGAAAGGAUGGAACGGUAAUGAUCCUUGUGAGGAAUCUUGGACGGGAAUAGCAUGUUCCGGGUCAUCAGUUAUACACAUCCAAAUUCAACGACUAAACCUUACCGGGCAUCUUGGAAGCUUGCUCAAUAAUCUACAAAACUUAAAGCAGCUUGAUGUCAGUUUUAACAACAUACUUGGGGAAAUCCCUCAGGGUUUACCUCCAAAUGCAACACAUAUAAAUAUGGCUUGCAACUAUUUCAGCGAAAAUAUCCCCCAUUCGUUGUCAACAAUGACAAAAUUAGCACACCUGAAUUUAAGCCACAAUUUCUUGUAUGGACCCAUUGGGAACGUGUUUACUGGUUUAGAUAAUCUCAAAGAAAUGGACCUUUCAUACAAUAAUUUCACCGGUGAUCUGCCAAGUUCAUUUGGUUCCUUGACAACCCUGGAUAGAUUAUUCCUGCAGAACAACAGAUUCACCGGAUCAGUCACCUACCUGGCUGAGCUUCCACUCAUUGAUUUGAACAUUCAAGACAAUCUGUUUAGCGGCCUUCUUCCACAGCAUUUUCAGUCCAUACCAAACUUAUGGAUUGGAGGGAAUAAGUUCCAAACCGUGGACAACUCUCCUCCCUGGGCAUUUCCCUUGGACAACGUACCCCUUGAGCACAAUACUAGUCGCCCACCCAUAACUCAGGCAAAUGCCAUCGAGAACUACGCUCCUAUUAGGGUAAGGAAACAAAAGAAGAAACAUAUCAGUCCCGGAGGAAUAGCUUUUGUGGUCGGUACAGGAACUUUAUUGGCAACCGGUUUCGCUCUCUUCAUUGCGAUCCGUUUGAAUAAGCUUUAUACAAAGAGACUGGAGAACUAUGAAAGCGACCACAGUGCAUUGCCUUCUUGUCCAAUCAGUGCGACCAAAGAAGAUUCUACUACGGCAAUAGACGAGAGCCUACAAAUCCCACCUUAUAAUGCUGCAUCCAUUUUGGGUCCAAGGCGAUUAACUUCCCAACCCCAUAAAAGAACUGGGGAAAUAUCAAGAAAAAGCUUUUCCGGAAGAGACAGAUUCAAUGGAAGGAUAAAGGUUUAUACAGUAGCGGAGGUUCAGUUGGUUACAAACAGUUUCCAUGAAGACAACCUUCUGGGAGAAGGAUCGCUUGGUCCUGUUUAUAGAGCUGAAUUUCCAAAUAACAAGGUUUUAGCUGUGAAGAAUAUCAACAUGGCGGGCAUGUCUUUCAGUGAAGAGGAAAAGUUCUUAGAUGUCGUGAGCACGGCUUCCCGUUUGAAGCACCCUAACAUUGUUUCACUUAAAGGCUACUGUUUGGAGCAUGGACAACAUCUUCUUGUCUUUGAGUAUGUCAGAAAUUUAACUCUAGAUGAUGCUCUUCAUAGUACAGCAUACAAACCUUUAUCGUGGGGCACACGUCUCCGGAUCGCUCUAGGUGUUGGUCAGGCCCUGGACUAUUUGCACUCGACGUUCUCCCCUCCUGUCGCCCAUGGCAAAUUAAAGGCUACCAAUGUUCUACUGGACGAAAACCUCAUGCCUUGUGUAACUGACUGUGGCUUGGCUAUUCUGAGACCACUGACAAGCAAUAAAGCCAAAAACCGGGCUUCCGAGAUUGAUAUUAGAGAUACAGGAUACAGUUCACCUGACCAUGGCCAACCAGGAGUUGGCAGCACGAAGAGCGACAUCUUUGCCUUUGGCGUGUUGCUUCUUGAACUAUUAACAGGAAGAAAACCUUUCGAUGGUUCCAGGCCAAGGGAAGAGCACUAUCUGGCAAAGUGGGCUUCAUCAAGGCUUCAUGAUAGUGACAGUUUGGAACAGAUGGUGGAUCCAGCAAUCAAACGGACAUUUUCAUCCAAGGCUCUUUCUCGUUAUGCUGAUAUCGUCUCCCUCUGCCUUCAGGUAUUACCGUAUUAG